AUGUUUCAUCAUCAUCAUCAUAAACGUCAUCGAUCACGAUCAUGUUCACGUUCACCAGUGAACAAACGUGACUCUCAACAAAAUCGAAAUAAUGAUCGAUCAAAGGAUUAUGAUAGACGAGCUGAUUCUAAUGAACGGCAUUAUCAUUCAAUUCAAUCAAAUAGACAAUAUCAUUAUGUUCCUUCACCAGUUUUGACUAUGUCAAUUGAUGAAAUCAUAAGUAAUGGUGAAAAACAUCCACCUGUUGUUCAAGCAUUAAUUCGUGAAGUAUUACUUGAACGAAAAAAACGACAAUUAACGGAAGAAAAAUUAAAUAUAUAUGAACAUGAUUAUGCACAUUUACGUGUUCAACAUGAAACAGCACUUAAUAAUAUGACAUUAUUAAAACAUGAAUAUGAUCGAUGUAGACUUGAUUUAAAAAAUUGUUCUAUUGAAUUAAAUCAAUUACAUCACAAUAAUCAUCAAUUAAGAAUACGUAUUGAUGAUCUUUUAAAUAAUAACCAACAACAUUCAUAUACAAAUGAAGAAAUAUUCUAUGCUAAACGACAACGAAGAUAUUAA